CAGAACAUAACAAUUGACUCAAAACAUAAACCUCAAAAACAGUUUUAAUCUCUGGAAUCGCAUAGACUCGUCGAUCUGUGAAACUCCAUUGUUCUUCAAAUUGCGUCGUUGAAGUCUUUACAAGAAAAAAAAAAACAAAAAGACAAAAAAAAACCUGCAUCAUUGAAGGGCUCUGCAGUAUGAACUUUGAACUUCACACUCCAUUUUGAAGACCUAACCUCUGAAGACCUCGAUCGCUGAAGAAUUACAUUUAAGGGUCUCUCCUCUUGGCAGGAACUCCACACUCCAUCGUUCUCUUUCCUCUUGGCAAGCACUGGUAACCAUAGUUCUCUUUCCUCUGAAGUACAUGUUGCAUGCCACUGAGAAGUGAAACAACUCUCAUGAUAUCUCCAGUCAUGCCCUGGGAUAAAAGAAUCUCAGCCACAACAAUGGGGUUUUCGUUCACAAGGUGCCGCGUCCUUCAAAUCACUCUGUACCGUUUCAAUUGAAGGUAACAGUCGCUGUCUGCAAGGAGGGUUGAACCGCAAUUUCAGCUGCUUUAAACCUUGUGAGGAUCUGCUGCUACUGCUAAUGUUGAUUGAAGAAGAAGAAGACCUGCGAUAAAGCUGCUACUGCUGUCUUGCUCCAAAUCUAAUAAUGGAAUGUGGGAGCCCCGAUGUGGGCAAUGACGAGGAAGAGCAUAAUUGUUUGGAUGCAAGUGAAGGAAACCAUGAUGAUGUUUUAGCAGAUGUGGAGAAUAAAAAUGGUGAUGCUGUUAGUAAAGCAAGAGAGGAGGAUGUUAUGAAAUCCAAUGAAAAUAAUGAUCUUUGUCCGUGUAUUGGCAUGGAGUUUGAAUCCCAAGAUGAUGCAUAUGCAUUCUAUAAUAGAUAUGCAAUUGAGAUGGGAUUCAGUGCUCGUAAAAGUUCAACUCGUAAAUCGCAGCGUACUAGUGAGAUCAUAGGUCGUUGUUUCUGUUGUUCGCUUCAAGGUUACCGAAAUACUAGUUCUAUAAGACCUGAAGACAGGAAAAAGAUACGACAAGAAACAAGAACAGGUUGCAAGGCAAUGAUGUCAAUAAGAAGGAAAAAGGGUGGUAGAUGGGUUGUGAGUCAAGUUGUGAAGGAGCAUAACCAUGCUUUGACUUCUCCAAGCAAAAGGCACAAACUCCGUUCACAUCGAAAAAUAAUUGAAUGGGAAGUACUUGAAAACAUGCGUUCAGAGGGAGUUGGGACAAACCUUUUGAUGAAUUUUCUGGCUCUUGAAAAUGGAGGAAGUUGUAAUGCUAGCUUAACUAUUAGAGAUGUAAGGAAUUCCUUAAGUACAAGAAGAACAAAAGAACUUCGCAAAGGUCAUAUUGCAACGAUACUUGAUUACCUUGAACGACAGCAAAUGGACAAUCCAUCAUUCUUCCAUUCAAUUCAAGUUGAUUCAGACGGUCAAGUAACAAACAUUUUUUGGGCUGAUGCCAGAUCCAGGCUGGACUACUACUACUUUGGGGAUGUAGUAUGUUUUGACCAUACAUAUGGGAUAGACAGGUAUGGAAUUCCAUUUGUCCCAAUUGUGGGCAUUAAUCAGCAUUAUCAGACAGUUGUAUUAGGCGGUGUGUUACUUUUUGAUGAAACAGAGGAAUCAUUUGCAUGGGUUCUUGCUACAUUGGUGAAGGCGAUGGGUGGUCAGCAGCCGACAAUAAUUCUCACAGCUGAAGAAUCAGCCAUUGGUGGAGCAGUAGAACAUAUGUUGCCAGGUACACGUCAUCGGUUUUGUUUAUGGAAUAUCAUGCGCAAUGCCACCAAAAUGUUACCACAUACAUUUAAUGCGCGUGCUGGGUUUGCUCGUGAUUUCAGCAAUUGCUUAUACCAAGGUGAGACGGUCGAAGAGUUUCAGUCCAAUUGGGAAAUCAUGCUUCAGAGAUACGACUUAAGGAGCAAUCAGUGGGUAAUGAAAUUGUAUGAAAAUCGAGAAAGGUGGGCACCAAUUUAUACACGUGAUGUCUUUUGUGCACCCAUGUAUACCAUUCAGUGUAUUGAAGGCAUAAAUGCCUACUUUGAUGGGUACCUAAAGAGGCAUACACCUUUAUUCGAGUUUCUAAAGCAGUAUGAUAGGGCUGUCCUAGCUCACAGAGAGGCAGAAAAUGAUGAAGACUUCGAAAACAACCAGAAGAAGCCAGUUCUGAGGUUUGGAAUGAGUAUUGAAGAAGAGGUAGCUAAAGUUUACACUAGAACAAUUUUACAGAAGUUUCAAGAUGAGUUAGUUCAAGCUCUUAAUUACCGUCAUGAAAAAAUUGUGGAGAAUGGGACAAAGUUUACCUAUUGUGUGUGGAAGAGAGAAUAUGAACAAGCAAGGCAUACCAUUGUAUUUGAUAGUUCCAACAACAGUGUUCAAUGUAGUUGUCAGCUGUUUGAAUUUGCAGGCUACUUGUGUAGGCAUAUAUUGAAGAUAUUUGUAGUUAUGGAUGUUCAAAAUAUUCCAUCUCAGUACAUACUAAAAAGGUGGACACGAGAAGCAAAGUCUGGGCCUUUAGUGGCCAACCACGUUGAGGAAAUACAAGCCAAUUGUGAGGACAACAUGUCACUUAGAUAUCAUAUUCUUUACCGCCAAGCAAACAAUAUUGCUGCAAAGGCUUCCAGGACCAAUGAAGUGUACAAGGUGGCAAUAGAUUUUUUACAUGCUACAUUAAAAGAAGUUGAAGGUGCAUUGAACAAUUUAUCAAUCAGUUCCAGAGAGCUAAUCAAAGAAGUUGAAAGCACAUAUAAUGAUAAAGGCAAUCAUGGAAACUUAGGAAAUUGUCUUGGUGGCCAGAAUGCAUUGCUCAAGCCACCUACUACAAAGCAGAAGGGGCGACCAGGAAGAAAGAAAUCUUCAGGUAAACAGUCCAAUGACAAAACUAACCCUAAAGCUAACAUGCAGGUAACUGAACGUUCUGUGCAACAAAUCAGUUUGGUAGGUGAGGAGAGUGCAAUACAGCGUAGAAACACAAAAGUUGGACAAAAUGUGGAAACCUCAGUUAUAGUAACCAAUGACCAUCUUGAGAGUUCCAUACAAGCAACAGACGUGUUGAGUGGCCAUCAAACCAGGAAUUUGGUCAGCCCAUAUAUCUUUCCAGGUAGUGGUAGCCAGACGUACAGUCCAUGUACAAGUAAUCUUGAUUAUGAUCCUUCUAGUCAGGCCUCCUAUAUGGCUGCUGUGCAACAAUCUCCAGUUGUUAUGGUUGGCCAUCAACUUCGUCGUUUGAAUGAGGAGUCCUCGGUGGCUUCACAGCAGAGGCAACCAUUGGUAAUUCCUCGCCAUGAUGACAUUGCAUGUAAUGGUUUUUAUGCACAACAGCAUAGUGCUGCCUCAUUCAUUGGGCAUCACCAGUUUGGUCAGGGAGCUGUACCUGCUUUUGUAUUGAAUCCGCAUCAACUCCAUGGCAUUAGCAGUAUUGAUCUCAAUGACCCUAGUCAGAAGGGGGAUGGGAGACCAAUGUGAUCUAUGGAAGAAGCACUUGUUGCCUCUGAUACCAGAUAAUGUGACCGAUGUGCUUCAGUAUGUUUGGGAGAACCUCGAGGACAUGAUGCGGGACAACAUAUUAUAUAUGAAUUCUACAUCAAGUGGUUUUGGGUUGUGAUCGUGAGAAGGAAAGCUUUGAGUGGAUUCAAGGUUAACAUUUUUGGAUCUGUUGAGCUUAGUCCAUGAGGUAUGAGUACCUCGACUCUUCUUCGACAACAUUGUUGUACAGGUAAUUAUACUCUCCAGUACCCCCUGGGACAACCCUCUUGUUGUAUAAAUGAGCUGUGUGGGGUAUGUAAAACCAUCCUCUGUAAUUAGGUAAUGGUGUGUAAGUUUAGGAAGUGUAGUACCUAAUGAUUAAUAUAAUAGUGAUAGUGGGCUGGAGUUGGUGUUGAAUGCAUGUGUUAGCCAGAUGAGCGAUACCUCUUAAUUUGUAUCAUAUUUGUAAAAUAUUAUCAUGAUCUCUCUCUCUCUCUACUAUUUUAUUUUUUCA